CCGCAGACUUCUCCCAGGAGCGUUAUACUCUCUCCAUUCCUUGAAGCUCGUUCGCCCCUCCGUUGGACCCUGCGAGUUCCCGCACGUAUUGUCACAACUCUCCCGAUGGAUCUGACCAUAUUCACGCUCGUAUUUUGCCUCCACGAUGUCUUUGUGAAUUGCAACCCGGCGCCGUUCGUGGAUGUUGUGGUCGAUCGGUACGAGAUACCUACAGUUUGUCCCCGAGAGGUGGAAACGGAAGACUUUAUCCGUUAUCAUUUUAACGGUACCUUUUAUGCAGAUGGGAAGAAGUUUGACUCCAGUCAUGACCGAGGCAAAGCCUUCAUCAGUCAGGUCGGCCUGGGCAGACUCAUCACGGGGAUGGACCGCGGUCUUCAGGGCAUGUGUGUCAACGAACAAAGGAGGAUCACAAUCCCCCCUCACCUGGCCUAUGGAAGUAUCGGAACAGGCGGUGUGGUUCCUCCUGAUGCUGUGCUGGUUUAUGACGUUCUCCUGCUGGACAUAUGGAACACUGAGGACAAGGUCCAGAUUCGCACACUCCACAAACCCACCAGCUGCCACCGCUCCACCGCGGCCUCCGACUUCGUCCGCUACCACUAUAACGGCACGCUACUGACUGGGGCAGCGUUCGACUCCAGUUACUCGAGGAACGCAACCUACGACACCUACUUGGGACAGGGCGACCUCAUCAAAGGCAUGGACGAGGGUCUUCUGGGCAUGUGCGUUGGGGAGAGAAGGAUCAUCAUCGUCCCCCCCUUCCUGGCAUAUGGAGAGACCGGCCAUGGAACUGAGAUCCCUCCUCAGGCUUCGCUGGUGUUUGAGGUGCUGCUGGUUGACGUGUUCAACCCCACGGAUGAUCUGAUUGUGGAGGUGAAGGAGGUCCCUGAAGGGUGCACUCGCAGGACGGCGACCGGAGAUUACAUCCGCUACCACUACAACGGCACCUUCCAGGACGGCACGGCUUUCGACUCGAGCUACAAGCGAAACAGCACCUACAACACGUACAUCGACAUGGGAUACGUGAUCCGAGGGAUGGACAAAGCCCUGCAAGGGCUGUGCACCGGGGAGAAGAGAAGGAUCAUCAUCCCUCCUCACAUGGCGUAUGGCGAGGCGGGAGUUGACCACCUCAUUCCUGGCUCAGCCGUGCUGGUCUUUGACAUUCAAGUCAUUGAUUUCCACAACCCCAAAGACCCAGUCGAUAUUAAAGUUACCCACAAGCCUCAGGACUGCAAAGGGACCAGUGAAGCGGACGAUUUGAUUCAGUAUCGUUACAAUUGCUCCUUGAUGGACGGCACCCUGCUGUACUCCUCGGACCACUAUGACACACCUUCCAUCACGACUCUCGGAGCGGACAAGGUGAUCCCCGGUCUCGAGGAAGGUUUGGGUGGCAUGUGUGUGGGCGAGAAGAGGGAGGUGGUCGUUCCACCACACUGGGGCCAUGGGGAAAAUGGAGCUGGAGAAGUUCCCAGUAGUGCCGUGCUCUUCUUUGAGCUGGAGUUAGUGGAGCUGAAUAAGGGUGUGCCUGACGGCUACAUGUUCGUGUGGCUGGGAGACGGCCCAGAUCUCCUCUUUCCUGCUAUGGACCUCAACGGUGACAAAGAGGUACCCCGAGAGGAGUUUACGGCCUUCAUCAUGCGACAAGUUGAAGAAGGCAAAGGUCGUCUUCGGCCAGGGGUCGACGCCGAUAGUAUCAUUCAGGACAUGUUCAAUAACCAGGACCACAAUAAAGACGGGAAGAUUGUAGAAAAUGAAGUGGAGGAAGAGCCGGAACAGGCGAAACGAGACGAGCUGUAAAGGGGACACAUUAUGUAACUGGUAAGGAACCGGCGUGCAGUGGCCGGGGGUUAUUCUGUCAUCUUAGAGAUUUGCACCCAUUUCAAAAAAAUGUUUCAGAGAUUUAAACAUUUUCUACUUUGCUAGAUUCUGUUUGAAUUUGUUGUGCAAAGGCAACCGGUGUUUGAAAAAAAUGUGAAAGGAAGAAAAAUGUUCUGUAGUGAAACUGCGUCGUGUUGAAAAAGGCACACACGAUUUGUAUUAAACUGUCUUUGCACGCAUUUGGGCUGGGCCCUUCUUCCAAAACAUUACUUUAUAAAAUUAGUAGUCAAUGCAGUGCCUUAUAUAAAAAUUCUGAAAAAAAAACAUGGGUUGUACAGUGUAUUGGGAGUGGCUCGUUUGUACAAUAUUAGAACAUCUAUUAUAGAAAAUUAUGUAAUAAAAUGUGAAACAUACAAUAAACUGUUUUAU